AAACCUUGAACCUAGUGCAUGCUCUCACACCAGAGUGAAAAGAUGAGCCUCAUGCUGACUGCUAAGAACCACUCCAUUCCACUAAGUGAUGGCAACAGGAUACCCAUCAUAGGACUCGGGACAUAUGGGGAUCCACGGACAACUCCUAAAGGUACAGCGCGAGAGUGUGUAAAGCUGGCUAUAGAUGUUGGCUACAGGCAGUUUGAUGGAGCAUUGGUUUAUUUUAAUGAGCAUGAAGUUGGACAGGCCAUUCGGGAGAAGAUUACAGAUGGAACUGUUAGAAGAGAGGACAUCUUUUACUGUGGAAAGUUGUGGAGCACCUUCCACCCACCUGAGCUGGUUAGACCUGCACUAGAGAGAACACUGAAGACUUUACAGCUGGAUUAUGUUGAUCUGUACAUUAUUGAGCUUCCCAUGGCCUUUAAGCCAGGUGAUAAAUUCUACCCUAAAGAUAAAAAUGGUAAAUACAUCUACCAUGAGACAGACCUGUGUGCUACAUGGGAGGCAUUAGAGGCUUGUAAAGAUGCAGGCCUGACAAAGUCACUUGGGGUUUCAAACUUCAACCGAAGACAGCUGGAGCUGAUUUUGAACAAACCUGGACUCAAACAUAGACCUGUUUCCAACCAAGUUGAGUGCCAUCCCUACUUUACUCAGCCCAAGCUUCUGGAGUUCUGUCGGCAAAAUGACAUUGUCAUUGUGGGCUACAGCCCUCUUGGAACCUCUCGAGAUGCUUCCUGGGUUAACUUGAAAUGCCCCCCACUGUUGGAAGAUGAGGUGUUAGUCUCCAUUGGGAAGAAGUACAACAAGAGUCCAUCUCAGGUAGCCCUGAGGUUCAACGUUCAGAGAGGAGUGGUUGUUAUCCCAAAGAGCUUCAACCCUCAACGGAUUACAAAAAAUUUCCAGAUAUUUGAUUUUUCUCUUACUGAUGAUGAAAUGGAACUCAUUGAAGAACUGAAUAAAAACAUCCGCUUUGUGGAGCUCCUAAUGUGGAGUGACCAUCCCGAGUACCCAUUCCAUGAUGAUUAUUAAGCCUUAAGAUGACCGACUUAUUUGAUGUCUGCAUAAAGGUUUAUAAUGUUCAUACAUACCCAUUAUAAUGUAAUUGGCCAAUAGGGGGCAUUAUCUUACCAUUCAUGGUGUAAUGUAAAAUAUUGUUGUAAAAAGUUGCCUCUUUAAACUAAUGUAAAACCACUGGAGUAAAGAGCAUAAAGGCAUAAAGAGCCAGAGGACAGAUAAAAAGUUCUGAAAAUCUCA